AUGUCUUUCAUCAUGGCCAAAACGCACGUCGCACCGCUAAAACAGCUCGCGAUCCCUCGGCUCGAACUUCAAGGAGCUGUCGAAGCUUUACACCUGGCCAUAAUAAUUUGCCGUGAGAUGAACCUGGAUCUAAGUCAAGCCACGUUUCACGUCGACUCCCAGACAGUUCUGAGAUGGAUCCAUUCUGCCAAUGUCAAAUACGAAGUGUUUGUGGGAAUUAGAAUUGGAAAGAUUUUAGUGAACACCGAUUGUCGACAAUGGCGCCACGUACCAGGAAUCAUGAAUUCAGCAGAUGUUUGCAGUAGAGGACCAGAUCCCGACAAUCUCAAAGAGCUACAGCAGUUCCAUCAAGGGCCAGCCUUUCUGUUGUUGGAACCUCCAUUAUGGCCAAAGUGGGAUCAAACCGAAUAA